AAACCAAUCAGACAAAGUAAAAAUUGCAUUUUAGUAGAAAACAAAAAUAUAGCAUAUAUUUCGUAUAGAUUGGCCAAUCAUAUUGUGGACAAAUUUUCUAGUUAUUUAAUUGGUCAUAAUGAAACUAUAGAAUUGUUUGAUAUUGUAAAAAUUCCUGGUGCAAUAUUUUCUGAAUGACAAAAAAAAAUGUUUUACGAAAACGCUAUUAGUGUUCUGCUUCUAUAUUGUAAAAAUUCUCUCAAUAUAAAUCAUUAUACCUUAUUCAAUAUUUUUUGGGAAAUGAAAUUGUUGAUAUUAUUCUCGGAGAUUUUAAUGUGAAUGCAUUUAGCGACGAAAACUAUUUCCUCUCCAACUCAUAUAUCAGGUUCACUUAUUGACCAUGUCUAUAUCCGUGAAAAUGAUUUAAACACUUUCAAUGUCGAGACCUUCGUUGAAACUGUCUAUUUGAGUUAUUUCGAUGCAGUCAGGAUUAAACUUUCUCUCUGAUUUAAAAAAAAAUUACCUAUGGAACAUAAAAUCUUUACAGACGACUUCAAACAACUUUUUUCUUCCUGUUUUUAACCUCUUUUAUUUUUUUUGGCAUUUUGAACUUUUAAAUUAAUAGUAUCUUCGAUCGCAACGCAUAUAUUUGCUUUCCAACAUUCUUGCUGCAGGUGGACAUCUUCAAAUCGCAGGGUUUCUAUUUUAAUGUUAAAAUAAGUCGGGUAUAUCAUUACAUAUCAUUAUGUGAUAGUUCAGUAUUUUACGCUAUAAAGUAUAGUUCAGUAUUUUACGCUUACAACACAACUGGAGAAAUUGUGGCAUCAAGUUUCAUCUAUAACACAGCUUUGGCCGGAGUAUUUCACAUAAGAAAAAGUAAAGUCUUAACAAACAAUUCUCACUUCUUAAAAAAAACCUGUCUAUAUACUAAAAGUGCGUUAGAUGCAGAAGGUAUUUAUAUUUUUGACAGCGAAGUCUCCUUAAUAAACACAAAUAUAACUAACAACAUCGCGAAUUAUGCAGGAUGUAUUCGAAUUGAAUUAAAGGUGCGUAAUCACCAUUAUCGAGUUAUGACUUUCCUGAAAAUUUGAGGAUGUAUAACGCACUAGAAAUGGAAAUAAUGGUACUUUAAUAUCUUAAAUUUAUUGUUGUUUUUUUUCCAGCCGCCAUAUUUAACGAUCUUGUUGAUCUCUUAUUCUGGUUUAAUAAGCGGGCCGUUGCAAAAUGUUCGUGUGAAACCGGAGGUAAACAAACGGCCUUAACUUUAAAUGAGCUCUGAGAUGGAUUUCGAUAAAAUCGCCAAUAUGGUAGGCUCCGUUCUCCACUUAGAUUUAAUUUUCUUCUAUUCUAUUCGUCAUUGUUUUUGAAGGCCAGACAAAACAAAACAGAAAGAAGAAAUCACAGCAUUACCUCGUGGUUAAUAAUUAUGAUCAUUAAUGCUUAUCACGCUCUUUCUUUUAUUUAUUUUCUUUUUAUUUAUUAGCAUGCACGGGAUUACUGCAUAUUUUAAGCUAAGCGGGGGAAUAUGCUCAUUGUGAUAGUUGGAGAUAGUUAUAGCACUAUGGAGAUAAUUAAAUUUAGGGCAUGAAAGGGGAAAUUCUGAAAAUUUAGAUAUUACAAUAUCUAAAUUUUCAGAAUUUCCACUUUCAUUGUGUAGAUCUGAUACUGUCUCCAUAAGAAAACGACUGACUGUUUAAACAAAGGAAAAUAAUCAAAACGUAAGACAGCUAGCGAGGCGAAGCUGUCUUCAAAAACAAUAAUAAAAAGUAGUCAGUGUUGCAAAAAAGUCUGAUUUCAGUAAGCUAAAAGGUUUAAAUAAUAGAGAAUAACACAGAAACUUCGAUUGACAUAUCUGAUUUAUCAUGUUCGAAACUUUGUGGAUAUAUUUAUAAAAGCAUUACGAUGGAAACACAACUACAGAUGCUCUCCCUCAUUCAUUAUUUUUGCUAUAAUGGUCUGAAUGCAGCAACCAUGUGAUUGAUUUUACCGUGCGUUUAAUAUCGCAUGAUUCGUGCAAUGAAAUGGCGGUUCUGUAGGCGAAGAGAAAUUGGGAUGCUGCAACCGAUCUUUUUUUCCAGGUUAAAAAGCAUCUGUCAACUUGGUUAAACAUGAACAAUGUCACUAUGAAAGCUGUUGGAGUAAAAAAAGUUCUUGUACCUGCUGCCCUUUCAGUGAACUCACCACAUAAGAACAUUGUGAAGAAGAAGAAGUACAGUAUCAACGUAAUGUUAUCUGACAUUAACGACAGUAUUCCACCCAUUUACCUCACACUUCUAAAGCAAACUAAUAGAUCUUUAGAAUACAAAUGCCCGAAGAACUACAAUGCAUCUUAUGCAAACUACAAAAAUAAAGGAAAAAGUACUUUUCAACGAAACGUAUACAUAAUGUUUUGCAAACAUUGUCCUAGAAGCACAUACAGACUUCUAACUUCAAGUCAGAAAAUUCAAAUAGUACCAGGAAAUAUAAUUAAGCCCUUUAACAAACAAACUCAAUGCUUCUCAUGCCCUCCAGGAAGCAAUUGUGAUAGUCAUAUCAAAAGUAACGACCGAUUUUGGAGAUUUGAAAGUCAAAACCAUCUGAAGUUAACCCUUGCCCAGAAGAGUACUGUUGUUCACAAACACGUUGAAAAUGUACAUCUUCCAAAAGUUACGCUAGUCAUAGAGCUGGAAUGCUCUGUGGAGUAUGUACAACAGGGUACCAGGUCAACUAUUUUGAUAAUCGUUGUAUUUCUUCAAAUUCAUGUACUGAAGCGUUUUCGAUAAUAUUUCUAAUCUUUGGAUUAACAUAUGCGAUGAUUUUAGCAUAAUUGAAAGAGAUAAGAUUCUUCUGAAAAUAAUUCUUUUUUGCUAGCUCUAAAGAACGUUUUGAAGGUAACAAAUCAUCAAAGCAAGGUGAAUGCAAUUUAUUAUACAAAACCCGAAGU